CGAUACAUACAGACACACACCCCCGACAACAACACCUCUAUAUCAUCACCGCCGCGGUGCCCCUCCGCCCUUAAAUCACCGCUCGCUACAAUCCCCCAACCCACCAACCUCACACCGCUGCUUCUACCACCCCUAACCGCGCCCGCCGGGCAGCACCCACCACCACCAUGUCCGCUAGAGCCAGCGGCGCCGACAGCGGCUCCGGCGACGCCAAACACCGCGCGCAUCAUGACGGCAGCUCCGGACGUGCAUUCACAGUUGAGCAGAAGACGGCAGUGAUACGGAUAAAGCGGUGCUCGCCGACGGCGUUCUACGAGAUCCUAGGCUUGGAGGAGGUCAAGACGACGGUGUCAGAGGGGGAGAUUAAGAAGGCGUAUCGGAAGCUGAGCUUGCUCACGCAUCCAGAUAAGAAUGGGUAUGAGGGGGCGGAUGAGGCGUUCAAGUUGGUCUCGAGAGCUUUCCAAGUCCUGUCCGAUCCGGAUAAGAAGGCGAAAUUCGAUAAGUUUGGCGGGGACCCUGAUAAUCGGUUUGCGGGCGCAUCGAAUGCGGGCGCGUCGCCGUUUAGCAAUUUCUCGCGAUCGCAGAGCGGAGGUGCAAGCCGGCAGGGGCCAAUGUGGGAAGAAGAGAUAUCGCCAGAGGAGAUGUUCCGGCAAUUCUUUGGCGGAGGCUUCGGUGGUGGUGGAGGAGGCUUUGGAGGACCAUUUGGCGGCGGACUCUUCGACACAGGCCCCGGCUUCGUCUUCAACCUCAACGGCGGCCCCGGCAUCCGUGUCCAUCAAUUCGGCGGCGGACGACCCCGACGACGUCCCGCGACUGCACAACCCCCCGGCUCCGAACCCGCUCCCACCGUCUCCUCCGCCCUCUCCGCCCUCCUCCCCCUCCUCGUCCUCUUCAUCAUCCCCCUGCUCUCCUCUCUCUUCUCCGGCGGCACCCCGCCCCAAGGCCCCUCAGUACGCUUCGACGCCGCUACCCCGCCUCAAACCUACGCCCGCACAUCCUACCGCAUGAAAGUCCCCUACUGGGUAAACCCCGAGGAGGUCUCCGACUACAGCACGAAGAAAUGGCGGGAGCUCGACAAGACCGCCGAGAUCAAGUUUGUGCACCAACUGAACAUAAUAUGCGAUCGGGAAAAGGACACGCGGGAUCGCAUGGUGCAGGACGCGCAAGGGUGGUUUUUCCCCGACGAGGCGAAGCUGGCCGAGGCGCGGAAGUACGACAUGAAAAGCUGUAGAAGGCUGAGAGAGCUGGGGUACAACGUUCAUAAUUAAUAGGGUUUGUUGAUAGAGAAAGUGGGGAAGCCAUCAUUUUUUCUUCUCAUUCAGAUCGAGAGACUUCUGGUUACAUACGUUCUGUGGGUUGGUUUUCUAUUAUAGCGGCUC